AUGACGCUCACAACCAGGUGCAAGAUGGUGUGGGGCUCCACCGUGACGUUUUUUGAAAAGCUCUUCGACAAGCCAAAGGACGUGUUGGUGGCCCAUGAACGCGUUCCCGCAAUGCACGCAGGGGGUGUCGCCAAGGCCCCACUGAAUGCGGGCUCACCGAGCUACGGGGAAGAGUGGCAGGAAGAGAAUCCCUAUAGUGGGGACAACUAUGCCCGCGCCGGUGGGUACGACGGCGGGUACCCGCCCGGUCCGCAGGGGUUUGCGGCGGGAAAUGGCUAUCCGCCUCAGAUGUACGAUGCAGGAUACCCACCGCAAGCGCCGGGGCAGUAUCCGCCUCAGUAUUAG